AAUCUUUACAAUAAACUUUCACAAGUUUGGAAAUGGUCAGACUCUAUCUUCUCGGUUUUCUGUUCGUUGCUCCGUACCUCUCCUCAAACCCCCAGCAUAUCGUCUAACAACUUUUGUAUUCUCGGACACAGCUAUUCGGAUAUCGAAUCUUUUCCUGUUUGAGGCUACCCAGCAAGAUGAUAAACCCACUCAUCCCAGAAAUGACAAAUCUUCCUACGGGGUGGGAAGCAUUUCUUGAUGAUAAUGAUCGAGUUUAUUUCCGUGGUCCCGACAAAGUCACGACUUAUGUUCAUCCUAUGUUAGGUUUGAUUCCGAAGCCUUGGCAUCUGAAGGUCGAUAGGUCUCUCCCAAAUCCUUGUGAAUAUUAUUACAACACCAAUACAAAGGAAAGAUCAAAGAAAAAUCCACGUUUCGAUGAAGACUUGAUGAACUCCAAACUUCUCAGUGUCUCGAGAGUGGUUCGAGAAUCCGCAACUUUAACCAAAAAUUCCAUAGGAACUCUCGAAAAGUCACGACACUCUCAUAUCAAGAAUGCCGAUAUACGGGAUCAGUAUAAAAUUGUGCAUACUAUCGACAGCGGCGACGGCGGGCUAGGCGGCAUGAAUGGUGGUGUGCACGUUGUGCGACUCAAGGCGACCGGCGCGCUCUAUGUUGAGAAGAGAUUUAAGAAAGAUGCAUUGCAAACUUGGAAAGGAAAGCGUGGAGUUGGGGUAGUCGAAAUUCUCAUUACUCAUAGAGUGAAACAUGGUGGUCUCGCAGGUUAUAUCAAUGCUUUCAUAGCCCCUGAUAUGGUACAUCCAACGAGCGCAUCCUUAUACCUCGAGUUUUGCAAUUUAGGAUCUCUGGACGACCUCAUAAAAUGUUAUGCUCAACGUUUGGGAACGAGAGACGAGGCACGCGUGCCUGAGCGCUUUGUUUGGCAUGCUAUUAUUGGACUUUGCGAUGCUCUUUCCUAUCUUUGGGGUGGGAAGUCAUUCAUAACCAAUGACAAGCAUAGAGGUUCCGGACCAGAAAACGGCUGGAAACCGAUUUUGCAUCGCGAUAUGAAGCCUGAUAAUAUUCUCAUGCGGUCGAGAUCGGAGAGUACUUCCAAGUAUCCCUAUCUGGUUAUAAGUGAUUUUGGUUUGGUCACUGAUGAUUAUGAGCAGGGAUCCGGAGCAUGCGGGACAUCCUCCUUCUGGGCUCCUGAGCUCCUAUGGGAUCCUCAUGCAGUGACCAAGCGACAGCUUCAAAACUUUCCUCCAAACCAAUACCAUACUCACGAAAGCGAUCUCUAUUCACUUGGGGCAUCUAUAUACAAUCUUUGCAAGCCCACAAACGUGAGCAUUCAUGGAAUACAUUGGCAAGGAGCAUUCUCACACUUUAACAUCGAAUCAUUCCCAAACGAUCCCACAAAGAGAGAGCUGUGGUUCCCGUCUCAAAAAUGUCGCAAAUCAGACUUGGACAUUGGUACAUUCUACUCGGAUUAUCUCAAAGAGACUAUCAGGAAAAUCACUGCUUGGAAACCCAGCCGAAGAGGUGCUGCUCAUCAACUUGAAAACAUACUUCUUCCUACUGUAAAAGCGGCUGGCUAUGAUGAAGAAGAAUUCAGCUUGGGUGAGGCGCUUCCGGUAUGGGCUAUCAAGAUGCACGACUACCAUGCUAGAUGAACCAUAUUAGCAGCAACGAUAAUAUCAGUGGAAUAGAAGAUUUCUGUAUUUCGCCGGCAAACUACACACUUUCGGAGUUUGGUGCAUGGCUUUGGGCGUUAUUAUCAUUGGCAGGUAAAAUGUGGUGCUACCUGGAAAUUAUCCUCUAUACGAUGGUUUCUUUUCCCCUUCUAUAUCGAGGACCAUGAGUCUUCGAGAACAAGAAAGCUAAUACUAGUACAAUGGAACUUUCGUUGUCUCUCAAGUCGAU